AUGAAAUCUCCCUGGCGGCUGUUGCUCUUGAUACUUAGUUUUGGUGCUCUCUUUAUUCUUUUUAAUUAUCAAACUCAAGUAUUGAAUAAAAUCAAUCAUGAGCCAACAAAAAAACCAGCCAGCAAAAGCAUGGGAUGUGAGGUUGUCAUUUGUGUGGUUGCCUGUGGCAUUAACCGGCUGGACGAGUCGCUCACAAUGCUGAAAUCUGCUCUAGUUUUUUCCAAAAGGCCAUUACGAUUUAUUGUGAUCUCAGAUUAUGCUCUUAUACCUGCUUUUCAUGAAAAACUCACAGAAUGGAAGCAUAUUGUUAACAAGACAUUCAACUUUGUCGUGAGGCCUGUUACUUUUCCCGACAUUGCUGAUGUCACUAUGUGGAGAAAGCUAUUUAAACCUUGUGCAGCGCAAAGGCUGUUUCUUCCGAGUGUGCUCAAUGAUACUGAUGCAGUAUUGUAUGUUGACACUGAUACUUUGUUUCUCACUCCUCCAGAAGAUGUUUGGGAUGAAUUUGAAAAAAUGAAUAGUAGUCAGCUGGCUGCUCUGAGUCCAGAGCACGAAGAUCCCAAUACUGGAUGGUACAAUCGUUUUGCAAGACAUCCCUACUAUGGAAAAUUAGGAGUAAAUUCUGGAGUGAUGCUGAUGAAUCUGACUAGAAUGAGAGAAUUCAAGUGGAUUCAGUAUGUGAUACCCAUCCACAAGGAAUACAGACUGAAAAUCACUUGGGGUGACCAAGAUAUCAUCAAUAUAAUUUUUCACUAUCAUCCUGAAAAGUUGCACGUGUACUCCUGUAGGUACAAUUAUAGACCUGAUCACUGCAUGUAUAUGUCUGUUUGCUCAGAAGCAGAAAAAGAAGGUGCCUUAGUACUUCAUGGCUCUAGAGGAACUUUUCAUUCGGAAAAACAGCCACCAUUUAAAGCAAUUUACUCAGCAAUGGAGGAAUACCAAAUCCACAUGGAUCCUUACGAACAUUUACUUCUGCCAAUGAAGAAUUAUUUGCUACAAGAUGACCAUGCAAACUGCGGUAAAGUUUGGAAAGUUUUUAUCAUCCAACCAGAAAAGCAUUUAGGUAAAAAUGAGUUAACUAAACGAUAAUUUAGUCUUUAAGUAUCGAUUGAAAACUCAAAGUACGAUGUAGAUAGUGAAAAAUUAUUGAAAAUUUGCUAUUACCUUUCUAAGAUAAUUGCA